CCUGCCUGUCAGUGCCUGGGAUGAGUGAGGUCGGUAACGUAAGUGCGCGCGAGACCUUGUCUGGGCCACGUAGCGAUGGAUCUACAGUAGCACUGCUAACAUAUCAGUGUCAUACAUUCUAAAAAUGCAUUAGUACAAACACAUUUGCAAUAGGAUUAUCAAACAGUGGUGAACUGCAACAGUAGCUGGCUCUUUUUGUGGGUCUGCAGCACUCCAGAAUCCCUUGCAACUGAUUGCACGAAAUGAGAAAGAGGGCGCUCUCACCGAAGGUAAGGCGGCAGAUUGCAGAUGGCUCCUGAAACGAGGCACAGAAGUUCCGACUGCGGCUCAAAGUCCGGCGUGAAGCUCCCCCUCAAGACGGAAGAUUAAAGGCUGAAGCCCCGACGGACAAUAUAACAUUGACAGCCUCGAGCGAGAGACUAACCUGAGAGGCUUCAUCAGCGGAGAGACCGAAACCUCAGAGGUUGAAGAGCAGACACCCCAGCUUCCAGAGAAGCUUUGAGAGUCGAGCUCAACAGAAGCCUAUGGAACAAAGCUGUAGCAGAAUGUCACUCGCAGUCUGUCCUCAGUCUUAAGCAUGGAUGCCCUGUUUGAAUCUGGGUGACGCUUUCUUCCCUUCCUCCUUCCUGUCUCCUCAGUGGCGGGAGGGGUGGGGGAUUGCUUCCGUUCCCCCUGCCCCUCCUUACAACAUAGCGAGGGUACUCUCACAGUUUAAGAAUACCAACACUGCUAACAAACCUUUGGCUGUGCUUCAACUAGCACUACUACAGUCUCCCCCUCCCACACACAUGAAAUCCUGCCAGAGCCUGAAGGGAGAGGUGUCCAGCCCAGGUGGGAUGUCACAGGAGGGGCGCAGAACGCAGCAGGUGGCCCAGUCCUACUACCAUUCCCCCGCCCCAGACCUGGACCUAGCGGGCAAGCUGUACAAGCGGGAGGGCGGGGGCAAGCCUUACUCUGUGCUAGUGGACAACAAGAUGGCAGCCAAGACCCCCAUGGGUGACCAGACCCCCAGUCAGUUGUCCCCACAGCUGACUGGGGGUCUGCUGUCCUCCCAGCAGCAGUACUACAGAGAGGGGACAGUAGGGCAGGAGGGGGGUGCGCAGGGUUCCCAGGCAGGCAAUGGGGGCACCUCCGAGGACUCUGAGGAAGAGGAGGAGGAGGAGGAGUCCUUCAAGCGGGAGCAGAUCAUCGUGGAGGUCAACUUGAACAAUCAGACACUUAACGUAUCAAAGGGGGACAAGUCCGCCCCCCAAACUGAUGCCUCAGAGAGACACUGCAGUGAAGAAGAAGAGGAGGAGGAGGAGGAAGAAGAAGAAGAAGAGGACGAAGAUCUGGAGGAGGAAGAUGAGGAGGAAGAAGAGGAGGAAGAAAUAGAGAGCCGCAGAACGAGAGCCAAGCGGGUCCGGCGUGGGGUGGCCCCCGCUACCAGUCAGCCCCGGAGGAAGACCCAGUGCACUGCUCUGGGCACCACCGGCAUGACCACCAGGGGCCGACGGAAGAAGACCACCCAGCCGCCCAAGAGGACGCGCCGGACUGCCAGGGAGGGCAAGGGGACCCCAUCCUCAGCUGGCUCUGCCACGGGGGAUAAAGAGGAUGGGGAGGAGCGGGAGACGCUGGCGUGUGAAAAGUGCCCCCGUGUCUUCAACACCCGUUGGUACCUGGAGAAGCACAUGAACGUCACACACAGACGCAUGCAAAUCUGUGACAAGUGUGGCAAGAAGUUUGUCUUGGAGAGUGAGCUGGCCUUACACCAGCAGACUGACUGUGAAAAGAACAUCCAGUGCGUCUCCUGUAACAAGUCUUUCAAGAAGCUGUGGUCGCUGCACGAGCACAUCAAGAUCGUGCACGGCUACGCAGAGAAGAAGUUUGCCUGUGAGAUCUGUGACAAGAAGUUCUACACGAUGGCUCAUGUCCGCAAGCACAUGGUUGCUCACACUAAGGACAUGCCGUUCACCUGUGAGACCUGUGGCAAGUCGUUCAAGCGCAGCAUGUCCCUGAAGGUUCACUCGCUGCAGCACUCUGGGGAGAAGCCCUUCCGCUGUGAGAACUGUGCCGAGAGGUUCCAGUAUAAGUACCAGCUACGCUCCCACAUGAGCAUCCACAUCGGACACAAGCAGUUCAUGUGUCAGUGGUGUGGCAAGGACUUCAACAUGAAGCAGUACUUUGACGAGCACAUGAAAACACACACCGGAGAGAAGCCGUUCAUCUGUGAGAUCUGUGGGAAGAGCUUCACCAGCCGGCCCAACAUGAAGCGCCACCGCCGCACCCACACAGGAGAGAAGCCCUACCCCUGCGAGUUGUGCAGCCAGCGCUUCCGCUUCUCCAACAUGCUCAAGGCCCACAAGGAGAAGUGCUUCCGGGUCACUAGCCCUGUGACUCUGCAGGCCAGCAGCCUCCCCCUGCCUCUCCACCUCUCUGCCCCCUCCUCAUCUGGCCCCGGCCCGGGCCUCGCUCCCUCAGCUGCCACCACCUCCGCCCCUCUGGGCCUCAGCCCGGCAGGAGGGGCUCUUCCCCCACGCGCCCCCGUGGGACACGCCAACUUCUCCCACCUGCACAUGACCCCCUCUCACCAUCUCCCUCACCACCACACGUCGCAACAGCAGCAGCACCACCCCGGCACGCCCCAGCAAGCACCCCCUCUCCCCCACCACCACCUGCCUGUGCCCCCUGUCUCUCCUCCCCCCGCCCUCUUCAAGAGCGAGCCCCUCACCCACUGUGGGCAGGAGGACAGCAGCUACCUGCGUUACAUGGCACCGCAGGACAAAGGGCCUGGGGCCCCCCAGCAUCACUGAACCCUAUGUGGGCCCUGGGCUCCAGGCCUGCCUGCCACACCUCGAUUACCCCCACCCCAACUCUCCCUGGCCCCUGGUGUAGAACGGCCCCUCGAAUACUGAUAUGAACAUGACACUCACAGCUCAGUACACACCAGUGUGUGUGGGAGAGCGUGAGGGAUACAGACAGGUACACUUUCAGUCUACACUUUAGAUAAGUGAGUGACCCACUUAGCUAAAGACACAAGUCAACUGACACAGAUUUUUACAACCUCUUUGCUCAUAUCUUUUCUUGUGAAAAUAUUCUUCGAAAAUCCUGUGUUCUUAGACAACCUGCCUCCCAUGGUAGAAGGCUGUGUGUGUGUGUACCGGUAUGUGAGUUAUCCCUUGUUUGUGUCCAUUUUAUCCUCUCCACUGACAGCUGCUAAUGUCAUUAUUCUACUAGUGGUUCUUUAUCCAGGUAGCGGAUCAGAACAGAUCCAUUUCAUCAACUUAGUCCUUCGCGUCGACUGACUUUAACAACGGUUGCACAAUUCGGGGGAGUUGUAAGUCCUGGUCCUAAGGCUAACCUGUUUACCAUCCUGGUGUCAACUUGGUCUCCCACUGUCUCUCCCUAAGGAAUUCCACACUGGCUCUACCAGCAGUAGGCCAGGAAUCACUGCCAUAGGUCACAGUGGGGAGGUUAGAAAACGCCUGUUAGUGCUACUACUUGUCUGUUGCAACAGAGAUUCUGGUUAAUUGGUGCUUUCAUUGCAGUACUAGACAUAUUUCUUAUACACAGGCUAGAUCUCGUAACAUCUGGAGUGUAAUGUAACAGUGUGUGGGAUUGGUUGUGUUGUUGUUAUGCAGUUCUGGGAUUUGUCUUCUUGACUGACAUGUACAGCCUUAGAGCUGACACAAGGUUAGACGUUCCCAACAGAACAAACGUGAUGAACCUGAACGUGCUGUCAUAUAUACACACACACACUUCAAAAAGCAGUACGUCAUCACUGGUCUCACGUCACACAAAAUGCUUGUCAAGAGAUUAUUUUAUUUGUUUGUCUUCUGUAAUCAAAACCGUUCAAAUACCGCCACUGUGACGGGUUUUCACAUACGACCCAACCUGGACCUCGCAUGUCUCUUCUGUCUCUCUUUCUCUGUCUCUCGCUCCUCUGUCUCGCUCGCUUGCUUUCUUUUUCUCUCUCUCUCUCUCUCUUUCUUUCUUUCUUUCUCCGUCUCUCGCUACUCUGUCUCUUCCCCCGCUGCUGCUGCUGAGAUAAUACGGGUCACCCUGUAAAAGGUCAUUAAAACACAAGGUUCUGACCUUUUCAGCACAACUCUGAACUGAAAAAUCUGUAUUUUUAUUCCAACCAGCCUAUCUGCCACAGCUUGGUGUGGAGCAGGACACAUUUUGUUGUUGUAAUGUAGCGGUUUGUUCUCCUUAGUGUUACAUAUACUGUCUAAGGUUACGCAAACAUUGAGGCCCUAUCUCACACGUUGGCAAAUAAUGAUGAAUCAAAACAUGUUGAAUGUUGCCCUAGAUGUAGUGAUACAGGCUAACGGUUUAGCGAUCAAAUGUGUUAUUUUCUAGUGCUAUUUUCUGGAAAUAUGUUACAUUCAGUUUCAGACUGAAGAAUUGUUCCCAUCUCGCUCGGAACAUCCUGUUGAGUGAUCGGUUGGAGGAUUAUGUCUAACAUGCGUUUCAAUUUCUGGUGUUGGAUACAUUUACUCAAGUUGUACAUUUACUCAAAGAAAUCACGUUUGCAUUAUGUAACCUUUUUGUUGUGUGAAUGUUCUCGCUGUCCCAUUGUAUGACGUUCUGACUGUCCGGUUGUUGUUCGUAUUGAUGAAUGACCGAGAGAGAUUCUGUCUUGUCAGAUUGUUGGUAGUGGGUUGUAGGAUGUUGUCCACCCCCACCCCACUCUUCUCAGAUAAGACUGAGUGUUGAGGAGCAAUGUUAAAGUGUGUGUUUGUCUCGGUAAUGGCAAAAUGGAACCCCUAUGGUGCUGUUGUAACAAAUGCUACCAUUACACAGCCUGGCCCUGGCCAUAUUCUGUCUGUCGUUCAACUCUCUGGGUCUCUCCCUCUGCACUCCCUGCUAAAGCCGUGCCAUCUGUUUGAAAGGGGGUUCUGAGGUUGAUUUUGUACACACACAAGAAUAUGUCUGACAUGUUUCUGUGGAUUAACACAUAAUGGGUAUAGCAUAGUGGUGGUUCAGGCUGAGUAGUGGAUCAGGUUACUGUUUGUAUAUUGGGAGAAACUGAAGAGGAACAGUAGCAUCCAUUAGCAAAUCCCUGUACCACCUUGAGUUGCGGGUAUUUGGCCCAUUGGAUUUGGUUGAACAGAUGCCCACCCUCUCGAGAGCUACAACCAUUCUGCCAUUACUGUGGGUCUGUUAGUUGGGCCUCAGUAUCAGCUUGACCAUGAGUUACUUACUGUUUUUCAUGGCGUUUCAGUAUGAGGCUUUUUUUCUUUCUUUUUUUUUUAACGUUGGUUUUAAAAAGCUUUUCUAUUUGUGUGUAUCCUCUGCACUUUACUGCUGCGUGAGCGAGUCGCAGUGAAGGGAGGGACUGACAAUGCAUUGUGUGAGUGAAGUGAUGUGUUGGUUCAUGGAGGAGGGAGGCGGUUGGUUAGGUGAGUGGCCGUUUGAGUAAGGAAAAGGAGGAGAAUCAAUCUGGAGGUGGAUAGCGUGGAAGGGCCAUGGCAAAAGGAAAUGUUUUGUUUAGUUCAUAUAUUUGUUUUGUUUUUAAAUUCCUGUAAGUCAAUAGACUGGCUCUAAUAUGGACUCCCAAAGAGUGAUCGAGUAGUGUUGUUCCUCCUGCUUUGGCGAUUUUUUUUUUUUUUUACACUAGCCCCUCCCUGCUUCAUCUGAUCUGAAAUACAUUGAGGUGUUUGUCUGCCUCAUAUCCAGAGGUCCCUCUUUGUUGUGUAACAUUUUCUCUUCCGAUUUACUGUAUGAUUCUCCUCCUUUCAAAUUUGUUAUAUAGAAUGCACUUUUGACUAAAAUCCUGGCUAGUUAAGAAAAAUAACAAUGUAUAUUCUUUAAAGAUGUAAAAAAAAAAAAAAAUCUAUAUACUUUUUCCCCUCAAGUAUUUUUAACCACUUAAUGUAGCAUUGCAUAUUUUAUUAUUGUGAGUAUCUGGUACAAAAUUGUGCAGCUUUAUACUGUCCUGGGUUGUUUUUUUGCUGGGGGUGGGGGGGGUUGUUUUGUAUGUUUGUUUUUGGAGAUUGAGGAGAAGUUGUAAUGUUGGGCCUUUUUUUAAUAAUGUACAUUUAACGGACUCUGCUAACUUUCAGAAGUAAAAAAUGAGUAGCCAUAAUUAUCACAUAUUUGUGUGCUGUCGUGUGUUCUUCUCUGUCAGAUCCUAUGUGGUAUUGGUAGCUUCAUGUGCAUUUGAAAACUAAUCUUUGCAUUAACCUUUCUAGCACAGGCGUUCUGCUAGCGGAACCCCUCGACAACAUUUUACUGAAGGCAGCGUGCGAAAUUCAAAAAUAUUUUUUUGAAAUAUGUAACUUUCACACAUUAAACAAGUCCAAUAC